CUCUUCUCUUCUCUCUCCUCUCCCAAGCAUGAACUCUCCUCUCUCCGGGUAUAUUCCGUAUCCAAAGCUCGCUCAGAAAAUGCUCAAUAACCCAAUACACAUGCAUUCCCCUCAAUGGAACUAUACAUCUGCAUCGACACCCUCAACGGCCUCCUUGCUUUGUUCAAUCGACAACCCAGUUGGCAGAAUUGAAAAAUCACAGUGACCAUCUUGAAUUGUGUAUCGUUGUUACGAAGAAAGACAUGUCGUUAGUCGCAAAUACAAAUUGUUUCGCUCGAUUGGGGUCGCAAAGAUACCCUAUCUCUUUGCUUCGCAUUUCGUCCAAUCCAGCAUUUCGCCGUCUUCGACCCAGAUCUUAUUUCGGUCUUGAGAUAUCGGAAUCAGGCGUUCGGAAACAUGGGUUUAGACGUAGGAUUGUUCAAGUUAGAGCCACGGAUGAGGGUUUUUCUUCACUUGAUGACUGGGAGGACGAUGAUGAUAUUCUUGAAUACAGGCAUUCAUCAAGUGAAGUUGAAGAAAGCGAUGGAGAUGACUUGCUAAAUCCAGUGUCUGAUAUCGAUUUGCCAACGGUUAGAGAGCCAUUUCUUGAAACUAAUGAUGCUUUGACUGGGACUGCCCACCGGUUGGCCAUGAUUACAAGAGGACGAAGGAAAAGCAGGGUUAAACAUGGAGUGAUAACCAACAUUGGACUCAUGACCUUCUUGACUAUUCUUCUUUUACUUGUGGAUUGUUGUGCAUGGCGAAUUGUCAGACUGCCUUUAGAACCCUUUUAUUUGAUGCGGCCAUUUUGUAUAUCUGCAAUUGUAGUCUCUUGUGCAGGCUAUGUAUGCGUCCCCUUACUUCGGAGUUUGAAGAUUCACUCAAUCAUUAGAAGAGAAGGGCCAGCUAGGCACUCCUCUAAGAAGGGCACCCCCACUAUGGGUGGGUUGUUUUUUGUACCAAUUGGCAUAAUUGUUGCGGAAGUAUCAGUUGGUUUUUCUUCUAUUGAGGUUAGGGGCGCUGCAGUAGCAACUCUAGCCUUUGCUGCAAUUGGGCUGCUUGAUGAUGUAUUAAGCAUCAUCAAGAAUCACAACUAUGGUUUAUCUGCUUUGAUGAAGAUUCUUUUGGAGGUAGCUGUUGGAUCGAUAUUUUCAGUUUGGUUGGAAACUACAAAGAUAUCAUCACCCUACAGCAUGAAAAUGUUGGUUCCUCUACCUUCCCCUCUGGGGCUUGUUUGCCUGGGAAAGUGCUAUCUAUUGUUGACUUCAUUCUGUUUUGUUUCCAUGACAAACGGAAUCAACUUAACAGAUGGUCUUGAUGGACUGGCUGGAGGGACCGCUGCAUUGGCUUUUAUAGGAAUGUCGAUUGCUGUGCUUCCAAUAUGUUCUGAUCUUUCUGUUUUUGGAGCAUCGAUGGCAGGAGCUUGUAUUGGUUUUCUUUCGCACAACCGAUACAAGGCAUCUGUAUUUAUGGGUGACGUGGGUUCCUUGGCGCUGGGCGGAGCUCUAGCUGCAAUGGCUUCUUGUACAGGAAUGUUUCUUCCGUUAUUUAUUUCGUCUGGGAUCUUCGUUCUUGAAGCAGUAUCUGUUAUAAUGCAGGUAUCCUUCUUCAAGACCACCAAGCGCCUACAGGGAAGAGGCCGACGCUUAUUCCGGAUGGCACCAUUUCACCACCACCUUGAGUUAUGUGGAAUCAAAGAACCAACUAUCGUUGCGGCCGCGUAUGUUAUUUCUUCCCUUUCGGCUUUACUUGCUGGAUAUGUAGGUCUAAUUUCAGCAUAGGCAACUAGGCCAGUGGAAGCAUUUUGUGUCCGGGCCGCCGUUAAUUUUGUGAUAAUGGGGUUCAGUAAUUUGUCAUUUAACUGUGAAGAUUGCUCGUGCCUAAAAUUUCAACAAUAAUUUUUUAAUUCUAUGAUUUUAAAUUA